GCCAAAACCUCAAAACAAAUUUCUUUUUACCCACGUGUGGUUCAAAAUCUUUAAUUUUUCCUAUAAAUUUUAUUAAAUUUGCACAAAUAUAAAUCAAUUUUAAAAUGAAAGAAGACGAUCCAGGAGUUGAUAAGAAAAAAUCCCAUCGUGCUCGUCAAUCUGGCGUCAAAGCCGAGAAGAAGAAACUCAAGAAAAAACCUAAAGAAAAAGAAGAAAAUCUCACAGCCCGCCAGCGAAAUCCCAAGGCCUUUGCAAUUAAUUCUGCUAUAAGAGCUGAAAGAAACUUCCGUCGCAAAGAAGAUCUAACAGCAAAGAAACAACAUAUCCCGUUGGUUGAUCAAACUCCAGAAGAACCACCGCCAGUUCUAAUCGCUGUUGUUGGGCCACCAAAAGUGGGUAAGUCAACUUUGAUCAAUAAUUUGAUUAAGAAUUUCACCCGAACAAAUGUUACCGAUAUCAAUGGGCCAAUCACAAUUGUAACGUCGAAGAAACGACGAAUUACAUUAAUCGAAUGCAAUAAUGAUAUCAAUUCCAUGAUUGACAUUGCCAAGUGUGCUGACUUGGUUUUGUUACUCUGCGAUGCCAGUUACGGGUUUGAAAUGGAAAUUUUCGAGUUUCUUAAUAUCUGUCAGGUUCAUGGGAUGCCCAAGAUUAUGGGAGUUCUAACCCACUUGGACAUGAUAAAGAAUCCCAAGCAAUUAAGGAAACGAAAGAAGGAACUGAAACAUCGUUUCUGGACGGAAGUAUACGAUGGAGCCAAGUUGUUUUAUCUCUCGGGUUUGAUUCAUGGAGAGUAUUUGCGAAAUGAAAUAAAGAAUCUGGGGAGGUUCAUUUCUGUUAUGAAGUUCCGUCCACUUUCUUGGCGUGGAGCUCACAGUUACCUCCUCGUCGAUCGAGUUGAGGACAUUACAAACACUGAAUUAAUUCGACAGAAUUCCAAGUGUGAUCGAGAUGUUAUUCUGUAUGGGUAUGUAAGAGGCGUUCCAAUGAAGCAGGAGUUCAUGGUUCAUAUAGCCGGUUUGGGAGAUGCCCGGUUAAAUGAGCUAAGUAGCAUUGCGGAUCCCUGUCCAUUGCCAGGUACCGAAAAGAAGAGAAGUCUUUUAGAAAAAGAGCGAUUGCUUUAUGCACCAAUGUCUGGAGUUGGUGGUAUUGUCUAUGACAAAGAUGCUGUUUAUAUUGAGCUUCAAGGUUCACAUAGCCAUCAUAAGGAUAAAGGCCCAGAUGCAGCAGAACAUGAAGAUUUGGUUGGUAAACUCGUGGAGAAGAAACAAACUAUGGAUUUGCAAAUAGACGAGCAGGAAUUUCGAUUGUUCUCUGAUGGAAGUGCAAUCAAGUCGAAAGAUUUCAUAGAAGAAGUGGUUAAAAAUGAUAGCGAUAGUGAGGAAGAUGAUGAUGAAAGUGAAGAUUCUGGUAUGGAAGAUGAAAAUGAAUCGAAUGAUGGUGAAGGGAAUCUAGGAUGGAAGGCAGAUAGUGAGGAUGAACUUGAAGACAAUGAAGGAGCUUCUUCUGAUUCUGAUGAAGAGUAUCAAGAUGUUAAGGAUCAAUUAGAUGAAGAAAAUGCUGACAGUGACGAUAGUGAGAGUGAUGAUGAUGAUGAGGAUGAAGAAGAUAAAGUUGUUGCUAGUAACUUGAGUUGGAAGAAUAACUUGGCACAGAAAGCUAGAAAAGCAUAUUUGGAAAGACAAUCUGAAGGAAAGAGUUUGAUGAAGCUGGUCUAUGGAAUAUACAAUAGUUCGGAGAAAAAGAAGCAGUCGCAAAACGAAAAUGACGGUGAAUCUGAAGACGAAUCUGACGAUGAUGCAAUUGGUGGACUUUUCAAAGUUGCUGCAAAAAAACAAUCAGCACUGCAGAGAGAAAAGGACAUCAAGGAUCAAGAUGAAUCAUGUCUCUUUGAGCAAUAUUCUGGUAAAACACUCAAUUGGAUUGAAGAAUCAAACAAAGAACUAAUCAAGAAUUGCUUUGUAACUGGUCAGUGGAAGGCAUCAGAAGAUGCUGAAAAUUUGUUAAGACUGGACGAUAUGAGUGAUGAUGGUGAUCUAUAUGGAGACUAUGAAGAUUUAGAAACUGGAAAGAAGAUUUCGGGUAAAAAAGAUGAGACCUCCGAAAAACCUGGCGACGAAAAAGAAGAAGAAGAAUCUGAAAACUCAAGAAAACGGAAAAUGACUCGAGUAGAAGAAGAAAAUCUAACAAAGACCGAACUUAUGGCCAAAAAGAUGAAACUCAAAGCUAAAUUUGAUUCUGAAUAUGAUAACAAAGGCGAAGAAGAAACUCGUAUAACAGGUGAUCAUUCAUACUACGAAGAGUUAAAAACAAAAGCCCAACAACAGUCAGAAUUGAAUAAGAGUGAAUUUGCAAGUCUAGACUCCGAUUUGAGAGUUCAAAUCGAAGGCUUCCGCCCUGGAAUGUAUGUUCGUUUGGGUUUCAAAAAUAUACCAGCUGAAUUUAUUGAGAAUUUUGAUCCAAAAUAUCCAGUUUUGGUUGGUGGUCUUAAUAUGGCAGAAGAGAAUAUUGGUUUUGUCAAUUGCAAAGUCAAAAAACACAGAUGGUACAAGAAGAUUCUCAAAACUGGAGAUCCUCUCAUUCUAUCGAUGGGAUGGCGUCGGUUUCAGACUAUUCCUAUCUACGCCAAGGUCGAAGAUAAUUUCAGACAUCGUUAUCUGAAAUACACACCCAACCAUGUUACAUGUGGAAUGACAUUCUGGGGUCCAAUCACUCCUCAAAAUACCGGAUUCUUAGCCCUACAGAGUGUUAGUCACAAUGUUGAAGAAAUUAAGAGAAUCGGCUUUAGAAUAGCUGCCACUGGUUGUGUGACCGAGUUGGAUAAGUCUGCACAAAUCAUGAAGAAACUUAAACUAGUUGGUCAUCCUUUUAAAAUCUACAAAAAGUCCGCAUUCGUCAAAGGAAUGUUCAAUACCACUUUGGAAGUUGCAAAGUUCGAAGGAGCUAAAAUUAAAACAGUGUCUGGUAUUCGAGGUCAAAUUAAAAAAUCCCAUCAUACACCUGAAGGAUCGUUCCGUGCCACUUUUGAAGACAAAAUCCUUCUGAGUGACAUUGUGUUUUGCCGAACGUGGUUCCGUGUCGACGUGCCAAGAUUUUAUGCUCCAGUUACUUCACUUCUUCUGUCACUGGAUAAAAAACAACAUUGGCAAGGUAUGAAGACUCUUGGCCAACUGAAGCGAGAGAACAAUAUCAAAAACGAAGCAACAUUAGAUAGUUUGUACACGGAAAUCAAACGGGAACCGAAAAUAUUCAAACCACUGACCAUUCCCAGAGCUCUUCAACGUGCACUUCCAUACAAAGACAAACCAAAACAUGCUUCCGCCAAUCCUAAAAAAACAGUGGAAGAAGAACGUGUAGCUGUGAUUCGGUCCCCCCAUGAGCAAAAGGUUGCCAAAAUGAUGAAAAUGAUUGAAACAAAUUAUGAGGACAAAAAGAAGCGUGAGAAGCAUGAAACCAAGCAACGGCUGAAGAAUUUCAAGGUCCAAAAGAAAGCUGACGAAGUUAGAAAACUUAAACGACAAAAAGAACUGCGUAAGAAGGUUUCUCGUGCGCUGAGUAAAAUGAAAGGAAAAUCUAAAGGAUAGAAAGGGAUUUUCUUUUCAGGAUUUAGGUUAAGUUUGUUUUUACAGAAAAAAAAAUCUAAAUACAUUUUUUUAGAGUUACAUUUGUUUUAUGUAUAUUU